AUGUAUGAUGCUUUUGUCAAGAGUUUUAACGAUCCUCAAACUGCAAAGGAGAAGAACUUUGCCAAGAUACAAGGAAGAGUACAAAAAGAUGUGGAACAAGAAUUUGGCAUGUUGAAAUCAUGUUUUGCAAUAGUUGCUGGACCAGCAAGAAUGUGA